GCUUUCAGCAGAGCUUAAAAUGAAUGGCCACGGAGCAGAAGGCAGGUGCUGCAGAGCCCUGUGCUGAUGAAACCACCUGAAAUGCAUCCGAGUAAUGAAACCACCUGAAAAUAUUAAGAGGCCCUUAGGGCUGCUCCUCUUGUUAGGAGCUCCCUAGGACCCUGUGACCCUCAAGGGUAUUCCUCUCCUUCUUUCAGACUUUCCUCCUCCCUCAGCCAUGCUUUGCCAGACUGACUGCCAGCGCGGACUGCCCUGCCUCCCACCUCAUGUCGUCCUGGUGAGGAAUUUGCCCGUCAGUAGGAGUGUGGAUCCCUGCAACUCCGUCUGCAGCGUCUCACGCCUGAACACAUGUGCAGACCCCUGCUACUACGCCAGGGUUCCUCAGGGCACCACCACCUACCUGAAGCUUGGUAGUUGUGACUUGAGGCAGAUUGCCUUGGAUCCCUGCUGCCUUGGGAUCACCACACUCACGGAUCCCUGCUGUCAGGAUGUGACCAGGUGCAGCAGCACCAGGUGUGUGGAUCCCUGCUGCUGCAAGGUGACCGAGUGCAGCAGCACCAGGUACGUGGAUUCCUGCUGUCAGGAUGCUACCCAGUGCACAACCAGGUGUAUGGAUUCCUGCUGUCAGGAUGCUACCCAGUGCACAACCAGGUGUGUGGAUCCCUGCUGUCAGGAUGCAACCCAGUGUACCACCAGGUGUGUGGAUCCCUGCCGCCAGGAUGCAACCCAGUGCACUACAAGAUGUGUGGAUCCCUGCUGUCAGGAUGUCACCAAGUGCACCACCAGAUGUGUGGAUCCCUGCCGCCAGGAUACAACCCAGUGCACCACCAGGUGUGUGGAUCCCUGCUGUCAGGAUGUCACCAGGUGCACCACCAGGUGUGUUGAUCCCUGCUGCAAGGAGGUGACCAGGUGCACCACCAGGUGUGUGGAUCCCUGCUGUCAGGAUGUCACCAGGUGCACCACCAGGUGUGUUGAUCCCUGCUGCAAGGAGGUGACCAGGUGCACCACCAGGUGUGUGGAUCCCUGCUGCCAAGAUGUCACUAAGUGCACCACCAGAUGUGUAGAUCCCUGUUGCAAGGAAGUGACCAAGUGUACUACUACUAGGUGUGUAGAUCCCUGCUGCAAGGAGGUGACCAGGUGCACCACCAGAUGUGCAGAUCCCUGCUGUGGGGAAGUGACCAAGUGCACCACCAAGUAUGUGGAUCCCUGCUGUAGACCUGUGACCAGAUGUGCUACCACAUGUGUGGACCCAUGCUGUGGCAGAGUUACCAAGUGCACCAACAAAUGUGUGGACCCCUGCUAUGGAGCAGUGACCCGAUGCAGCACUAAGUGUGUGGAACCAUGUUGUGAGGAAGUGAGCAAGUGUACCAGCAGGUGUGUGGAUCCCUGUUGUCGUGAGGUGACCAAGUGCACCACCAGGUGUGUGGAUCCGUGCUGUGGCAGAGUGACCAAGUGUGCAAGGUACAAGAAUCCCUGCUGUGGGGAGGUGAGCAAGUGCACCACUAAGUGUGUGGACCCCUGCUGUGGCAGAGUGACCAAGUAUGUGGAUCCGUGCUGCAGGGAGGUGACCAGCUGCAAAACCAGGUGUGUGGACCCCUGCUGCAAGGAGGUGACCAGGUGCACCACCACGUGUGUGGAUCCCUGCUGUGCUGAGGUGACAAAGUGUGCCACCAAAUGCAUAGAUCCAUGCUGCCAGGAUGCCACUAAGUGCACCACCACGUGUGUGGAUCCCUGCUGUAGAGAGGUGACCAAGUGCACCACCACAUGUGUGGAUCCCUGCUGCCAGGAGGUGACCAAAUGCACCACCACGUGUGUGGAUCCGUGCUGCAAGGAGGUGACCAAGUGCACCACCACAUGUGUGGAUCCCUGCUGCAAGGAGGUGACCAAAUGCACCACCACGUGUGUGGAUCCCUGCUGCCAGGAGGUGACCAAGUGCACCACCACAUGUGUGGAUCCCUGCUGUAGAGAGGUGGCCAAAUGCACCACCACGUGUGUGGACCCGUGCUGCCAAGAUGCAACCCAGUGCACCACCAGGUGUGCAGAUCCCUGCUGCCAAGAUGCAACCCAGUGCACCACCACCUGUGUGGAUCCCUGCUGUCAGGAUGUGACCCAGUGCACCUCCACGUGUGUGGAUCCCUGUGUCCCCCCUUGCUUUGUGAGGCCAACCCCACUGUGUGCCAGCAUCUGUGGCCGGCAUUACUCCAUCAGCUGUGCCGACAUCUGCUGCCGCAAGUGAACGGCUCCUUGAGGGGUGGUCCCACAGUGGGAGCUGCCAUGGGAUCCCUCUGCUGUGUCUCUGCUCUGUGCAGCCCCAGCAGCUACGGAAUGAAAAUGGUUUGCAGACCUUCUUGAGCCCUCCGAUGUUUUCCUCACCUCUUGGCUCUCCUCGUGCCCUGUCCGUCCGAGGAAGGGCAGAUCCUCACAUGGCUUUCCUUGCAUUCUGCAUCAUAUAUAAUACAUUUAUCUAAAGCGUAAUGCCUUUCCUUGUAACAUGUAACCAAUUGAUUUUGUGCCCCCAGGAUUAUUUGCCUGGGUGAGAGAUUCUGUUGUUCUUUUCUGCACUGAUGUGGUUGGAGGAAUUUGUCCUUCCUCGCCAUCAUCUCCUUUUCUUAUACGAAGCAAUAAAAACACUUGAUCUUGGCA